AUGCAGUCACCGCAUUCUCAACCCUUAGUACAAUGCCUCGCGCUUCUCUUAUGUAUUGACUUAUUGGGAUCCUCACAAGUUCUGGCACAGUCCGGCGACGGCGGCGGCGCACAAGGCGUGGAACCAGGUGACAUUGGCGCUGGCCCGGGCAUCUCUGAAAAUGCGGGAGCUGCGGGUCCGGAUACCGGCUCGGUCAACCUGAGCCGUGGAGCCACGAUCGCCAUCGCCGUGGUAGUAAGCGUUGUGGUGAUUCUGGGUGUGACCAUGACCACUCUUUUCUUCUUGGCGAAGAAGCGGCAAUGGACGAUGAAAGAGACCAUUCGACGCUCGGCGCGCAAAGUCAGCAGCGCCGUCAAGGCCGUCACCACACCCAUGACACCCAAGAAAAUGACCUUCUCGCCCGUCGAGAAGAGACAGCGUAACGAAGUGGCGUUGAAGAAGGCCAACGACGAACUCUCGCGGUCGUUGCCCGCCGCUGGGGCGAAGGAGAAGAAACAGAAAGAGCGAGCAGCGCUGGCCGACUCGUCUUCUUCAAGCAGUGACCGGGAUGUGGAGAAGGGCCUCCCUGAUUCGGCAGUGAAGAUCGAGUCGAAAAAGGACGAGGCUGACGGGGAAAGGAUCACCAAGAAGGACAAGAGGAGGCCGAGACCGCCCAGUGUGAGCAUCCCGUCGAGUGCGUUUGAGAUGGAUAGUCCGAAGACGCCCAUGUGGAAGAAGGUGUUUGGGCGAUAG